AUGCGUCCUCCACGACUGUUACUUUUGAUCUUUUGUUUCAUCUUUUUGCCUAUUCUGUUGACCUUCCUUUCUCUUGUCACUGCGGAGCCUCGUCGUGGUGGCGCCGAGGGGGAAGCACCUGUCGGUGAUCGAUCGAGCCGAUUGCGCGCUCUCUUUUCAUUCAACACACCGACUUCGUUAUUCCCACCGUCCGCCAUUAUCAGCUUGACCGAUGACAACUCGACGUUUUUCCUCGCGCGUCCAGCGGCUUUCGGCCCGCUUCUCCCGUCGAAAGGCCUCAGCGGUCAGAUUUGGAUAGGCAGCGGCUUCAGCGAGGAUACCCUCGGGAAGGGUGUUGGAACUGCGGGCUUUCAGGGAGAGCUUGGCUGCUCGGAUGUGCCGGGCUGGGAUAAGGAUGGGCAGGCAAAACCAGACAAAGCGUUAAAAGAGACCCAUACCAUCUUGCCAGCCAAUCCUGCAACAGACAAGGAAACGAUAGAUAAGCGCAAGAACGCCGACACCGAGCAUACGGCAGCGGAUAAAAGCACUGAACCAGCGCCAAAUGACGGGACAGAUGAUCAUUUACAUCAUACUUUCUCAGCGGUCAAAGACGAGAAUUCGAGCGAUAAACCCUCUACGCAUGCGGAUAUUCAGUCAUUGCAAGAGAGCGCGGAGAUUGCUGGAAAGGUUGUCUUGCUCAGUCGAGGCGGUUGCGGCUUUUUGGAGAAAGUCAAAUGGGUUCAGCGACGAGGCGGCGCAGCACUGAUUGUUGGGGAUGACACCAGAGGCGGUAGCUUGAUUACGAUGUAUGCGCGUGGCGAUACUUCCAACGUCACUAUCCCCGCGGUGUUCACCUCGUAUACGACUGCGCAUUUGCUAUCCUCUUUGAUUCCCGAAAGAUCCGCCUUGGAGGGUCAAAAGGAGAUUGACUCUAAGAACGUCUCGGCCGAUCAAAAACGACCAUCUAAGCCUACAACUACGACAACGAAAAUUACCAACCAGCCCACAAACACCAGAGUUCCAAAAAAGGACGCGAUUAAGAAGGAAGAGUCCUCAAAAUUGAAAGACAACAACUUCUUCUCUGCUAUAUGGUCACUGUUCGGUUUUGGAAGAGGCGAGUCCUUGGCGGACGAUAGUCGUCGCCCGCCAAGCAGUGGCAAUAUUGAUUGGGUUUUAGUGGAUGAUUAUGAAGAGGAAGAGGAUGUUAACAAAUUGAAAUCAGCGCAGUCCAACAAAGAUAAAGGGGCUAAGGUCGACAAGUCGAAGAAAGUCGACAACAGUCCCGUGGACGGCGAUGGCUUUGAGAUUGGUGUACAUGACUGGCGGGAUCCAGACCUCGUACCAAGCAAGUCUUCAGGAAAAUUAAUCUCUGAUGAGACCGAGUCGAAGAAAAAGGAUGAGAAGACCGAUAGCAAGGCGGACUCGAAUCUCAAAGGUGGUAUUAUCACGCCUGGAAGCGGAGAGUACUCACACAUGGUGAAGGUCCCGGUUGACAAGACGGGCAAGAAUGGAGCUGACGACAGGGAUGAAACGUCAUCAGACUCUGAAAAGAGUUGGUUUGCAAGACACUUUGGCUGGAACGAAGGUCUCGACGACGAACUAGAUCAGACACUGAAGAACCGCGUACAUUCAACCGGUAACCCAGUAGCAUACGUGCGAGAAGGUGAACAUACCUCGGAUGACCACCCUGGUCUUUGGGUCACCCUCACUCCGACGAGCAUGUCAACUAGUCCUUUUUUUGAUACCCUUUUGGUUCUUGUCGUCAGUCCAUUGAUCACGUUGACUGUUGUUUAUGCAUUACUACUUUUGAGAUCUCGAAUCCGCCGACGACGCUGGCGUGCGCCCAAAUCUGUCGUGGAAAGACUUCCAAUCAGGACAUACCAUACCAUCACUCAGUCAACUUCAACAACAAGCAGCCCGCGGUCACCGAGUCCUGGAUCCAUUACGUCAGUCACGUCAACAUCCCCUCUGCUUGGGUCAAGGCCUCGACAAACGCAUGGACGCUCUCGACAGCGUUCCCAGACUGUGUCUGGAGCAGGCAUUCGAACGCAUGAUUUGACGCCAGUCAAAGAAGGGACAUUUUCUGGAUCUGAUUUAUGGAGACGCAAGUACAUUGGACGUCAAGUCGAGUGUGUGGUAUGUUUGGAAGAGUAUGUUGAUGGUCAAAGUCAAGUAAUGAGCCUGCCGUGCGGGCACGAAUUCCAUGCGGAGUGCAUCACACCAUGGCUCACCACACGUCGACGCACAUGUCCAAUCUGCAAAGGCGACGUUGUUCGAUCAAUGGCUCUUGCUGAGCCUACAACAGACUCUCAAGAACCUACAUCCUUUGUCCGCACAGCCUCUGUGCCAAUUAUACCCGAUAUCUCCGACGACUCGAAUCUAGAAGAAGGUCGAAGAGCAGAUGAACCGUUACUUUCUGACGACGAUAACAACGAUGACGAGAGCAAUGCCAAUGCAGCCUCCUCUUCGACUCCUCACCCACCUAAUUGGCGCAAUCUUUCAUCUAUAAAUUUCUCCGCUCUGAGCGGAGACGCCAUGUGGCAUUCUUCACGGAAUGACCGCAGUAGAUAA